UCGUAAUUUGUGCCUGACUUUAGAUUAUUUACGAAAUAGAAAUAAUAGCGGGAAAAAAUGCGUCAAAUAAGAUUAUGAAGUGGGCAUUGACUGUAUACAACAUUUCGUAUAAUUUUUUUUUUUUUGCCUUAUACGUAAUAGUUUUGAUGUUAAUUCAUUAAAUCAAAAAUACAAAUCUUGGACAAACCAAAUGUGAUUGCUAAUGGGAAAUCGUUCUAGUACGGCCUUGGGGAGAAUGCGUUCUCAGGCUCAGCAUCGUCGUAACUCUAUGAACCAAGGAUUCCGCUGCCAUUAUGGUCGAAAUUGUAUCCCGCGAUCAGAUAGCGAAAGUGUACUGGUUCAUGGCAGUCGCCGGAAUAGAGAAGGCAAUCGGGGGCGACACUGUUUUGUAUACAGAUCAUCUAUGCCAGAACAAGACGAUUUCCCCUGUUGCUGUCCAAAGUCACCACGAUUCGAAAAUCAAAUAACUUUUUCUUGCCCAUAUUCCGGACCCGUAUCAUGUUCGCCACCAGUUUCUUGCCUACAUCCCGUAGUCGGACCAACAGAUUGUUGUUGUCCUUUACAAUCUUCGGGAAAACCCAUGAUGAGGUGCUGUUGUGUAUUAACAAAAGACCGAAAGUUUGUUGCUUUAAUGGUCCUACCUCCGCGAAACCUUUGCCAAUCAGUCCUCGGCCUAUUGUCGAUACCACGAAUGCUGGCUGCGAGGGACAAUGUAAUCCCUUUUUUCGCAAUUCUACUUUAUAUCCAGUCGUCCAUUUUGAUUUGCCUAGCGAUGGCAGAGAUGCAAUGCGUCGGGAAGGAAACAGGCAGCGCCGAAAUGUUUCUAUACGAACAUGUGUAGAUUAUGAUUACGAACCACAAACAGGACUAGAACCCAGAGUUCCAUCAACAGUUCCAAAUCGAUACUUAGCUCAACCGCCUCACGCUGUGGUGGCUCCCUUGUACUCUCCUGAAUCCGCAAUGCCACAAGAAACUCGUGGAGGCUAUGAGGAUCAUCCUCGCUUCACACAACGUGAUCCCAUCAUUUUAAAAAACUUUCGGCGUAAAAAUUAUGAGUAUGAAUUCAUCGAUUGUCCAUAUAAAUGAACAAUACAAUAGGCAAUUUUACAUACAAAAAAAUAAAAUUUAAAUAAUAAACUCCCGCAGACUUUGACGAAA